UUGGGGGAAUGCUAAGGUUUCGUGGCCCUAAUCGGUAAAAACAAGGCAAAUGCAGUAAUAUUUCACGUACGUAUUUAUGUGAUGAUAGAGGCAUAGUACAAACCUAUCUGUCAGUGUAAAACUUAAAUGUUUGAUUUGAUAUAAUAUUGGGAAGAAUCUGAACUGAACCUUAGAGCGCGACAACUCUCACCACAGCUUGCAGGGCUUCAUGGUGUUUGUUUGCUUGUUAUCCAGCGAAUCCGUUUGCCGGGGACCUGAUAUUCCAAAUUAACCAUCAGAAAUUAGAUAGACUACACAGAUAUUGCUCAUUUAAAAGAUGGUGUUUCUGUUAGUACGUUACAUGUCAUUUCAGCUGUAACUUGCGAUAUGAUGCUCAUACUCAACGGAAUACCAACGACUUCACGUCUUUAGCUUCGUCAAAGGGAGGAUGGGUUGGCUGUCAAGACGAGGGGAGAUCCAUUAUGUCCUUCCGAUAACCGAGGCAUCUGCGUAUCGAUUACCAUCAGCGUGUACAACUGGAGGAAGGAGGUGUCAUUGUUUUGUGUGGAACUGACCGUCGAGGAGGAUCUGUAUACUCCAGAUCCUAGCAUUUUCCUUGCACCUGGUUAUUGAUGGCAGGGAACGGAGUCGAACUUUUACCCCAAGCGGGAAUCCAAAGUCAAGUUCUGUCUGUCAUGGCCUCUUCAAACGCUUCCUCAUCCUCAAGUCCUACGCCGGACAAAGGCUGCGCUAAUGGAGCCCUGAUGGGCUCUUUAGGCAUGUUACUACAGGGCCUUCUCGGGGUCGUGGCCUUUAGCACCCUCAUGUUGAAACGCUUCAGAGAACCCAAGCAUGAGCGAAGACCCUGGAGAAUAUGGUUCCUGGACACUUCCAAACAGGCUAUAGGAAUGUUGUUCAUUCACUUUGCCAAUGUCUACCUGUCUGGCCUCACAGAAGAAGACCCAUGUUCACUUUACCUCAUAAACUUCCUGCUGGACGCCACACUGGGGAUGCUGCUGAUCUACGGGGGCAUUCGAGCAGUCAGCGCAGUGGUGGAGUGGCAGCAAUGGGACUUUUUACGUUUUGGAGAGUACGGGGAGCCAGUGCAGUGUACGGCCUGGGCGGGCCAGUGUGCUCUCUACAUCCUCAUUAUGAUGUUUGAGAAGAUCCUUAUCAUCCUGGUCCUACUCAUCCCACAGUGGAAGAAGCUUGUUCUGCUGAAUCCCAUUAAGAAUCCACAGCUGGAACUUGCCAUCGUCAUGCUCAUUGUUCCGUUCUUUGUCAACGCCUUGAUGUUCUGGGUAGUUGAUAACUUCCUCAUGAAAAAGGGCAGAACAAAAGCCAAGCUGGAGGAGAGGGAAGCUGGGGACGACCCUCGUGGGAGCAGCAAGGUGCGUUACAGACGGGCGCUCUCCCACGACGACUCGGAGUCUGAGAUUCUGUUCUCAGCUGACGACGAGAUGGAUGAUUCAGACGCAGAGGAGGACAUCCGCCAUCUCACAGGCCUCAAGCCAGUGAAGAAAAAGAAACAUCGGAUGGGCAUCCCAGUCUAACCAGUCCGCACCAGUCACACCCAUCACACGUGAUCCCCACCACCCUCAUAGCAACCUCACAGAGUCCGUACUAGUCGAAAGUCAACCUGGCAACAAUUCACAGGUUCUACAGUCGGUUGUUUAGUUAACGAACGGUUAAGAGUAUGGAUGUUAAUAUUGAGACCUCUGGACUCAUCCUCGCUUAGAGCAAUGGGAAAAGACCAGCCAGUCAAAAUAUCUUGCAGUAGUCCUACUCUGGAUUUUUCUACUGGCUAGUGGUUGGCCCCUCAGCAACAAUGUUGGUCACACUUUUCACCGCAAGAAAAAUAACCCAUUAAGUUUUUAUGACGGCAAGAUUCCAAUGGCUGGUUGGUAUUGGGAUGGGUGAACUAAAGGACUGAUAAAUCUUUGUAGCAUUUUGCUGGUUGAUCCAAACGCGCUCUGAUGAUACCUUAUAUGAUACCAUAUGAUACAUAGAGUUCUCAGAGGUCAAAGGUGAUAUGUCACACCUGCAGAUUCCUUCACAGUUCUGUCAGCUUGAAUUUAAUUUUAACGGAAAAUUUUCAUUCAGCAUUUUUCCAGUCUUCAAACGAGUGUGUAAUUAUUACAUUGUGCUUAGAAUCUUGUUUUUUUUUUUUGUUUUUUUUUUAAACAAUAUUCACCCUGUAUUGCUGGGGAUGUGGUCUCUUUUCCAUAUGCAUACGAGUGUAAUUUCACUAACCUUCUCCUAGGUGGUGUAUUAUAAACUGGCAAACAGGAUUGUGGAUUUUGAAUGGGGACACAGAAUGUGUGUGUUUGUGAGUGUGUGUGAGUGUGUGUGUGUGUGUGUGUGUGUUUAAAGUGAGGGGGUCAUUGCUGAAUCUCAGGAACUAAGGUGUGACUUACAGUGAUGUAAGGGUACAUAAUGUUAUGUGUGUUUUUGGGGAGGGGGCGGGGGGGUGUAACAGGUAAUUUGUAGAUAUGAAUAAUAAUCAUUGUGUGUGGGUGAGCAUUGUGAACAUUAUCAUGACUGCAAAAAAAGAAAAAAAGCCAGAGCAGCUCCUCUAACUUGACCAUGGACCCACAGACUCUUCAGCGAGUGACAGACAGUUUGCAGUGAUUUAUCCUGACUGAUAUUUUUUUUUUCUUUGAAAUUGUGCAGUUCAGCAUUUCAUCUGCCUCAGAUUUCCUCUUGUUUUUGUCCAUAGUAUCAAUGUGUGGGAUUCCUCCGUUUGUGUAUUUAUUUCUUGUCUACUGUGGGGCCUCCUCUGUUUGUCGGGUGGUGUUUCUUUUUG